AUGGAGUUCAAGCACCUGUGCCUGGUAAGGUUCAAGGAGGGCGUGGUGGUGGACGACAUCAUUGAGGAGCUCACCAAGCUUGCCGGGGAGCUCGACACCGUCAAAAUCUUCGGGUGGGGAAAAGGCGCGUUGAACCAGGAGGCGCUCACGCAUGGCUUCACCCACGUCUUCUCCAUGAGCUUCACCAGCGCCGAUGACCUGGUGGCGUGCAUGGGCCACGAGAAGCACUCUGCUUUCGCCUGCCACGCUGGCCACACCGACAACAGCGAGGCAGUUUUUGGUUCCUCAUCAAGCAGCAGCCGCCGCCCCUAG